AUGGCUCCAAUGACGUCUGCGUCGGCAACAGGAACUUCGCCUUCAACAGCAUCUUCUGUUCCUUCGGCUGUGGCAGCUGCCGCGGCGGCCGCUGCGGCGGCGGCGGCGGCACGUAAACGAAGAGGCAAUCUGCCCAAAGAAUCCGUGAAACUACUGAGAUUGUGGCUGUACGAACAUCGUUACAACGCUUAUCCAAGCGAUCAGGAGAAAAUAUAUCUCAGCAAAGAAACGGGCUUGAGUGUUCUCCAAGUCUGUAACUGGUUCAUCAACGCUCGUCGUCGGAUCCUGCCGGAAAUGAUCCGCAAAGAGGGUCAGGACCCCAUGCAGUACACGAUCACUCGCAGGGUGGGUGCCGGCGGCGGGGCCAGCGCCAGUGGAAACGGCGGCGGAUCUCAAGGUGGCUCUCCGGCCGGCUCAAGCGCAUCCAGUCACAGGUCGGGCUCGUCGUCGUCUUCUUCGACGUCGUCGACAUCCUCUACAAAAUAUCCAUCGUCGAUCCAUCGCACCACGGCCAUACUUAACCACCAUUCAUACAUCGCUUCCCCGUCACCGAUGUCUUCGGCCGACGGCUCAGUCGAAGACGACGAGGACGACGACGCCGAGCUGGUCGAUUCCGACUCGGACAGGCUGAUGGACGAAGACGACUCGUCGUCGGACUCGCUCACUCGACGAGAUGGCCAGAUGCCGCUCAAACUCACAGCUCGCUGGCAAAGGAGUCACGAGCAAGAUCAGUGUUCUGGAAAACGCAAGAGACUUUCGGACGACGACGAGGAGUGCUCGGAUGACACCGGAAUCUACACUCCGUCGCCACCGCCGCCGUCUCCGAAACGUCAGCGAACCAAGCAAUCGAUAUCGUCGAUCCAGCACAAGGAGGAGUUCAAGAGUUUCUUGAUGCUUGUCGAAGUAGCCAUCCGUGAGCUCGACAAGCAGAAAAAUCUGUGA